GGAAGCCGGCCAGAAGGAAGAAUGCCUCCUUUAGCGGAGAGCCUGUCGGUGUUGGUGGUCGCUGUGCUGGCGGCGCGAUGCGUGUGCGCGCUUCACAUCCAACAGACUUUCAAGUCCCCGAGCGAGACGAAUAACUUUGUCGUGGACGAAGUGUCGCGCCGGGUCUACCUGGCAGCCGUGAAUACUAUUUACCAGCUGAAUGGCACUCUCGCCACGGAGGUAUCCAACAGCACAGGUCCGGUCCGGGACAACGUCCUGUGCCAUGCACCGCAGCUCCCACAGGCUCCAUGCGAGCACGCAAAGUCUUUAACGGAUAACCAUAACAAGUUGUUAGCGCUGGACCGGGAGCAAGGAGUAAUAGUAGCGUGUGGAUCUGUCUACCAGGGAUUCUGUGAGCUCCGAAGAAUGGAUAACGUGUCCCUAAUCGCAGUCGAGUUCCCGAUCCCCAAUGCCACAGUGUUCCCAAGUAUGCUCAACAUUGUCGCGAACCAUCCGAACGCCAGCACCGUCGGACUUGUGUUCCACAGCCAAGGUGGGACUCCAAGACUUCUCGUAGCCGCCACCUAUACAGGUCUAGGUACCGAAUACUUCCCAAAGAACCAUAGUAAAGAAGAUCUGCGCUUCGAGAACACGCCCGAGAUUGCGAUCCGAUCCCUGAACACCAAGGAUCUUGCGCGCUUGUUCACCUACGACAUCAACCCGUCCGAGGAUAACGUGUUCAAGAUCAAGCAAGAAGUCAAACCCAAGCACAAGCUGAACUUCGUGCAAGCUUUUGCGCACAAGACUUACUCCUACAUCGCUAUGAAUAACGAUGCGAACAGCGGACUGAAGGAGAGUCAGCCGAACAGCAUCCUGGCGCGCAUCUGCCUGGACACGGACGCACCGCGCCGCCAAGCCUCGGAGGGACGCAAACUGACCGAGUCCUACAUCCAGAUGGGUCUGCAGUGUGGAGCCAGCGGGAACAUCUACAACCGGCUUGUUUCGGUGUUCAACGCUGAUAUUGACGUCGAGGGUCGCGCAGCGGCCGAACCGUACCUGUUCGGUGUGUUCACUAAAUCGAACCGAAGGUCGGCGCUGUGCACUUUCAGGGUGGCAGAGAUUGAGGAGGUUAUACGGCAGGGGCGACGCAACUGUUCGAACGGACCUAAUGGAGAUGUACAGGUGCUGGAUAGUGUGAUUCAAGGAUCCGGGGCUGAGUGCGAAGCCAAGGGGGUCAUUGUGCUUCAGCAGGAGCAGUUAAACUGCGGCGCGGCCCACCUGCAGCACCCGCUGGCCCUGAGGAAGCCCCUGAGAGCCGAACCGCUGUACGAGGAAACCGGCAUCAGCUCUGUCGCCGUGGACAACAUUCAUAACCACACUGUGGUCUUCCUGGGCACCACCAAUGGCCGAUUACGCAAGCUGUCCCUGAUGCAGAACCUCUCAGUGGCCAAUUACUGGUCAAUACGACUUCCCAGUGGAGAAUCGGUCCAUCACGUUAUGACUUUUGACCCCAAUGACAGAAACUACUUGUUUCUGAUGACAAGCCACCAUCUGUUAAGGAUACGAGUGUCCACAUGUGCCCAGUACUCGUCGUGCAGAGAUUGUCUGAGUGCCAACGAUGCCUACUGCGGUUGGUGUACGCUCGAAAGCAGGUGCUCAGUUCAGCAGGAGUGCUCCAGCGGUGUGACACGUUCCUGGAUAAGCAUGAAUGAAGGACCUCAGCAAUGUCCUUCAAUGACCUUCACUCCAGCAGAGUUCAGCAGGAGCGCUGAAAUUAAGGACGUUGGGAUUUUGGUUGAUGGAAGCAUGCCUGACUUGGACGGACUCCACCUAGAAUGCGAUUACGGGGUUGGCAUGGCAACAGCCGCCACAGUGCACCUGGACGGCGGCUCUGCCAAAAUCCAGACGUGCCCUCUGCCCUCUUUCAGUGAAUUUCCAGAGAUUCCUUUGGGUAUGGACCACAUUUCUGUUCCCGUGGCGAUAAAGGUGAACGGUACCUCUGUGGUCUCAGGAAGCUUCGUCAUCUACGACUGCGAGAGAACAGCGGAGAUUCACCCCAGGACCGCAUGUACGAGCUGCCUGGACACCAAAUGGCGAUGUUACUGGGACCAAAAAACCAACAUGUGCAUUUCUGAUAAAGACAAAGCUCAAGGUUCAGUACUGGAAAAUGCCUCUGACUGUCCAAGGGUUGAGGCAAAAAUAAUUCCUCCAUGGCCCACAGGAAUGACUCAAGACAUCACCCUCAGCCUCACCAAUGUCAGCAGCAUGAUGCAGAACACAAAGCUGAAAUGUGACUUUGGAGACGGGAAACAAUAUGAAGCUCUUUGGAUGAAUGACCAGACAGUGAAGUGCAGCGGAGUUGAACUUAGCACGGCUAAAAGGAGCGAGAUGUUUUCACUCAACCUGCGCAGAGAACAAGAUAAAAAAUACAUAGACAAUCCAAACUCUAUUACAGUGGAGGUGUAUAACUGUGGCGGGGGGGACAGUGACUGCUCUCAGUGCUGGGGGAGACAACAGCAGGAUCACCAGUGUGCCUGGUGUGAUAACAGCUGUCGCCCAAAAGACCAGUGCCAAUCGACCCUAGCUCAGUGCCCUGAGCCCACCAUCCACAAGAUCAGUCCGCUCAAAGGUCCUCUGAGCGGAGGAACCCUUCUUGCAGUGCAGGGGAGGAACCUAGGACGCAGAGUGGAGGACGUUGAGGUCAAUAUUGGGGAUGUACCCUGCCAGCUGCUGCCACAGCGCUACACUGUUUCAGUCGAGUUGGUGUGUGAGACCGGGCCUACGUCAAACGUCUUUACCAACAAGGUUGAAGUGAAAGUGAGCGGAAAUGGUGUUGGAUAUUCGAGGGAGGCCUUUUCCUAUGUGGAACCCAGGCUGAAUGAUCUCACACCCAGGCAAGGCCCAAUCGCUGGAGGAACACGACUUACCAUCCAAGGGGCUUCACUCGAGGCUGGAUCUGAAGUAAGAGUAAAGGUUAACGCCACUCAGGACUGUAUAAUUGACAGGCUGUCUAAUGACAUCAUUGAGUGUGUCAUGCCCCCCUCUGUGUCUGAACUGGUCGAGAACGUGACGGUGUGUGUCGCGUACGAUGGAUGGCCUUGUGAGAAAGAUCUCAGCAGUAUGUUUUUCUAUGAAAAGAACCCUACCAUCAGCAACAUCAAACCUGACAAAAGCUUCCUUAGUGGUGGGCGUGUCAUCUCUGUGACUGGGAAAAGUUUUCAUCUGGUUCAAACAGCUGAAAUGGAAGUGGUGGGCAUUGGCCAAUCAGUUUGUACAAUUGUAUCACCCAGUCUUAUUACGUGCCACUCUCCUUCUGCCGGCCAAUCACAACAAGCCAUGGCUCAGUUCUACCUGAAUGGGAUUUUGUACAGAGGGAACGGUCACAGCUCCUCUGGGCUAGACUUUGACGAAGAUGAGGAACCUCACGCUGGUCACUUCCAGUUUGAAUAUGUUGAAGACCCACAGUUUUACACCGCCAACAAGGAGAAACUUAUCAAGCAUCAUCCUGGAGAACCUCUCACCCUCAUUAUCAAUAAGGGACCGAACGAGCUGGACCUGACCCAAGACGAAUACUCAGUCAUGAUUGGCUCAGAGCGAUGUGACAUCAGCUUCAAUAACAAGCAGAUGUUCCACUGCACCAUCAAUCGAACACUGAGCUCCAGGACCGGAGAGCUGCCUGUCACUGUGCAUGUUGGUGAUUUCCACAAAGUAAUCGCUGUGGUACAGAUGGGCGGCAGUGAGCUGGCUAUCAUCAUCACUGUUGUGGUCUGCUGUGUGCUUCUGCUGCUAUGCACAGUGGCGCUGGUGGUGUAUUGUACCAAGAGCCGAAGGGCAGAGCGAUACUGGCAGAAGACCCUCUUACAGAUGGAGGAAAUGGAGUCUCAGAUCAGAGAGGAGAUACGCAAAGGUUUCGCUGAGCUCCAGACAGAUAUGACUGACCUGACUAAGGAGUUGAACCGCAGCCAGGGUAUCCCCUUCCUCGAAUACAAACAGUUUGUGACUCGCACCUUCUUUCCUAAGAUGUGCUUAGACUACGAGAGAACUCUAGUUCAGCCAACGUAUGAAAACAACGCUCUGGGGCCUAGGGCUCUGCCUGAAACACACCCUUUGUUGCAGGACUGGCAGCCAUCCAACAACACCAGACCCAACGUAGAGGAGGGAAUUACCCUGUUCUCCACUCUUCUCAACAACAAACACUUCCUCAUCACUUUUGUCCAUGCGUUGGAACAGCAGAAAGACUUCGCCGUCCGAGACAGAUGUAAUCUAGCCUCCCUGCUCACUAUUGCUCUCCACGGUAAGCUGGAGUACUACACUAGCAUCAUGAAAGAACUGCUGGUGGAUCUGAUCGACGCAUCGGCUUCCAAAAACCCCAAGCUGAUGCUGCGACGCACCGAGUCUGUAGUGGAGAAGAUGCUCACCAACUGGAUGUCCAUCUGCAUGUACAGCUACCUCAAGGAAACGGUUGGUGAGCCUUUCUUCCUGCUACUGUGUGCCAUCAAACAGCAGAUCAACAAAGGUUCAAUAGAUGCCAUAACGGGAAAGGCGCGCUACACGCUGAAUGAGGAAUGGCUGCUGAGAGAGAACAUUGAGGCUAAGCCAUUGAACAUCAAUGUGUCAUUCCAAGGCUUCGGAAUGGACUCGGUGACUGUGCGAGUACUGAACACAGACACCAUCUGUCAGGUGAAGGAUAAGAUCCUGGAAGCUUUCUAUAAGAACCUCCCUUUCUCUCAGUGGCCAUGGGAAGAGGACGUUGAAUUAGAGUGGUUUCCUGGGGUAGGCUGCAGCAGUCGAAUUCUUCAGGACCUGGAUAACACCUCUGUAAUGGAGGACGGCAGAAAGAAGCUCAACACUGUCUAUCACUACCAGAUCCCUGAGGGGGCAUCGCUGGCCAUGAGCCUGAAAGACAAGAGAGAGAACACGCUGGGCAGAGCUAAAGACUUGGACACAGAGAAGUACGUUCAUCUGGUCUCAAUUCACGAUGAACUCACAGAAACUAAGAAGUCUCACAGGCACAGUCACAGGAAGAAGGUGUUGCCUGAGAUUUACCUGACCCGCUUACUCUCCACUAAGGGAACACUGCAGAAGUUUCUGGAUGACCUUAUCCAAGCCAUCCUCAGUAUCCCGCCAGAGAAACCCCCGCUGGCUGUGAAGUACUUCUUUGAUUUCCUAGAAGAACAGGCCGGCAAGCGAGGAAUCACAGACCAGGACACACUGCACAUCUGGAAAACCAACAGUUUGCCUUUACGUUUCUGGGUGAACAUCCUAAAGAAUCCACAGUUUGUGUUUGACAUCGAUAAGACAGAUCACAUGGACGCGUGUCUGUCUGUCAUAGCUCAGGCCUUCAUUGAUGCAUGCUCCAUCUCUGAUCUACAGCUAGGAAAGGACUCUCCUACUAACAAGCUGCUGUAUGCUAAAGAGAUUCCGGAGUAUAAGAAGAGGGUUCAGUCCUUUUACAAGCAAAUCCAGGACAUGGCACCACUCAGCGAGCAGGAGAUGAAUGCCCACUUAGCUGAAGAGUCACGUAAAUACCAGAAUGAGUUCAACACCAACCUUGCCCUCACCGAGAUCUACAAAUACGCCAAGAGAUACCGCACUCAGGUGGUGAACGCGCUGGACUCGAACCCUACAGAUCGACGCACUCAGCUGCAGCACAAGUUUGAUCAGGUUAUCGCCCUGGUGGAGGACAAUAUUUACGAAUGCAGCAGUGAAGCCUGAAGUCCAGCCAUUCUGAAUGUAACAUCCUCUGUGGUUCCUAAGCCAAUGAAAACACAGCCUAUAUGGCAACCUUACAUUCCAUUAAGGGAACUGGAGCAAGAAGCAGGACACAGAACAUAAUGGAUGCACGCUGAAAACAAAGCAAAAAUGUAUUACUGUUUAGGACUGUUUAGGACUUAACCAGCCCUUGUUUUUUUUGUUUGGCUGGUUAAGAGUGUUAAUUAUUAUGCAAUCAGAAUAUGCCUGUUAUUAAGCCUGAUGGGACUAAUGAGAUUUGACCUAAUGUGGUUUUGGGAGGUCGUUUAAUUGUGGAAUUAAGGAACCAGGAGUUCCUGUAGUCACUUCACGCACUGAUCCCAUUCCGGGGUGAGCCAAUGAUGCACUGGACUGUAUAGUAAAUUUCAAUAGCAAUAUUUAUAGCUUUGUGUAUGAUUUUUAUAGCGUUAUAAUUUCAAUAUGUGAGAGAGAUGUGUCCUUCUGACUGACACUGCUUAAAAGUUACAGCUUCUACAGGUUGUCUGAUGUGGUGAAAUCUGAUGUGGUAUUAAUUUUUAGUCAUUAUAUCUAGUCUUCAGUAAAGAAGAUGGAAAACAUCAUAUUUGCUGGUCUGUAUACUGUAACUUUGGCAGUGUUUAAAUCUACAAAUCAGAGUGUGUGUGAUUUGCAGGUCAUGGACAUGACGAAGCUUCAGACUAUUUAAAGGCUUUAGAAAGUUGAAUAAGAGGUUCAGAUUGAGUCUGAAUCAACCGAAUUAUUUAGACAUAUUGUACUGAUAGUCUGAUGAAUAUAAUUGUUUCAUGUGUUGCUUUCAUGGAGAAACAGGGAAAUUUAUAAAAUAAAAUAAGUAUAAAGAAUUAGUCUGCCUGUUUAAUGAAUCUUUUUAUAUGCAAACUCUAUUUCUGGAAAAAAAAUCUGUAUCAAGUAAAAAACAAGUACCAAGUAACAAGUGGAGCCUCAGUUUAAUGGACUAAAAGGGGGAGCACUGGUCCGUAAAAUGUGAGUGUCUGAAACAACAAGGUUUGUUUUACCAGGGGGUGCGAAAAUAUAUGAAAACACAGCACUAAGGUCCACAAAAGCGCUAAACAUGCACAUAUGAUACACAGUAAAAUAAACAACGUAAACAUUAUUUAAAUAUAUAAUGUAAAACCUGUAAAUAAAUAUUAAAAU